AAGAUAUUUAUCAAUUCUUCCAAGAUGGAACCAGCAAGGACAGAGCACAGUGAUUCUGAUAUUUCUGACGGAUGGAACUUGAUAGAAGCCAAUGAGACCUUGGCGAGCUCCUUGAGUGAGACUGAAAGUAUCGAAGUGAUCGGAGAUUCAGAACUGGAUUCGGCAGUUUCUGCGGCAGAAGACGGCAGCAAAAACGAGGAAGAGUCGAAUGAGAAUCAAGAAUCAGAAGCUGAGGAUGUGGCACAAAGACCUCUCACACCUCCGGUUGAAAAUAGUAAUGCCAAAGUCUCAGAUGCUACCUCGAGAAAGACCAGAAGACCAGUCAUAACUGGGUUAUUUUCCAAGAGGAUGUUUAGAGUUGCUCAUGGGUACUGUUGUCCUCCUGAGAAGCGACCCACUCCGAUCUGUUGUCCUGAGAAGCCACCCACUCCGAUCUCGAAACCUCCCGUCCUCCUGAUGUUCUUUACCAACUUCUUCUUUAUCAUGUUCUUGGUCACAAUGGCGUUUUCCUUGUCGGGAAAUGAAGGUACUUUAUUAAAGUUGUUGAACAUUAAGAGAUGUGAUUCUACAAAACCUGGAGGUCGAAUCGUUGGAACUGGAGACUGCCCAAGGAUAUUGACUUUGGCUGAGAAGAGAAUAGAAUAUAUGAGAUUAGGCGCGCUAGCUGUGGAAGAAUGUAGAAUGCCUCUGCCCGUCUUCCUGGCCUUCGUCAAAGUCAUCGGACGACCAGAUUACGAAUACAUGCCCGCCAAUUAUAAAGGCAGAUAUCUAUCGACUUCACAAUUCGAAAAAAAAGUAAUCAACCGCCUUGAAAACGGUGAAUAUUCGAACGUGAGGCGUGAAUGUUCCCAGCAUAUUUGUAAUAGAGAUUCACAGAAUACUGGUAAUGGAGAAAUGAGAGAAGCGGAUCGAAAUUCUCUUAAUUAUGGUAGAAGUUUUGGGGAUUCUCUGAAACCUAGUGAUAACAACUUGAAAGAGACUCGAGAUUUUGAAGGUAAGGAUGGUGUAGAACCUUCCAGAAUGUUUGAUGAAAAUCCUGUUGAAGAAGUUAUCAUUAUCAGUGAUUCUCAAGAAAUUAAAGAUGACAGUGUUGAAAAUCCCCCACAUUUGAACUCUCCUAACUUGGAAUAUCAAAGUGUUGAAGAUGAAAUCAUCAAUGAAGACAGAAUGAGUGACAGAGAUAAUAUUACCAAACGUAAGCGAUCUCUUAUUGGUAGAAUUUCAUUAGUUUUCAAAAGUUCACUCAACCUUGAAGACCAGAAACUUGGUGAUGCUCUAUUAAAUAUAUCCACAUAUUUAUCUGGGAAGUCCGGGAAUGUUGCCAAAAUCUCUUUGGAACAGGAUAAUGAAAGGUAUCUUGUUGCAGUUUUGAAAAAGUUAUCUACGAUUAGAAACAGAAUUGACCAGCAGGUGUUUGAGUUUUUCAAGAAAGUGGUUGAUAAAUUCGCGAAAAAUCUGAAGAAAAUUGAUGAGCGGGUUGAAAAGUCUCACUGUGGUAAAAAUUGUCCAAUAUAUGGGAAGGGGAAUAGAGUGAAGAGAGAGGAGAAUUUUUAUAGAAAUGGUAAGAGCAAGUUGAAAAAUCGUGAGGAAGUGAGCCAUGAUCAUGAAAAUUAUGUAGCUAAGAAUGCGAGGGAAAUUAGUAAUAGUGUUGAAAGAAAAGAUGGAGAUGGAGAAAGUAGAAUCUGGAAAGAGAAGAAGAAUGAUAAGUUUGACGAAAACAAGAAAAGAGAAACUGGAGAAGAUUUUCAUACAAGGAAUGUUGAAGAUGGAGAAAAGAGGAAGAGAAAAGAGGUUGGAUUUGAUGGAAGAAAGAAGGAUAAAAAACAUUUGAAGAAUAUUGACGGAAAACGGCAAGAUUUUGAUGAAGGUUUUAAAUCUGUGGAAGUUGAUAGGGACCAAGAUGAAGAGAAAAAAGUGAAAAAUCUAAAUAAACGUGAUAUUUAUGUGAAGAAUCGUGGGGAAAAGUUGAAAGGUAGUGUGAAUGAUCAGUUUCGGCUGAAAAAAAACUUCGUGCAUAUGAGUUUUGAGAAUAUUGGGGAAAAACAGGACUCAAAUCCAAAAUCCGAUUAUGCUAACUCUGAUGUUCACAUAGAGAAAAAUCAAAAAAAACUAGGGAAACACAGAGUAGAAGAUGAAAUUGAUAGGGAAACCAUGAAAAUUGAAGAUAAAAUACAAAAAGGAAAGAUGGAACUCAAUGAAAACAUCGGAAGUUCGUCCGACAUGUUUCUAAAGCGUGAGAUUGAAGCGAACGGAAAAAUGGAUUCAGACUUCAUCACAAAUGUGGUUGAAAGUUUUGAACGGGGAAAUAAGGAAGGUGAAAAAGAGGCAUUAAGUGUAGAAGAAGAGGCGCAAAAGCCUGAACAAACGGCUGCUGACAGAAUAAUUACAGACGAUUUAUUUCAUGCAGCUUUCAAUGAAGAUACGUUUAAAACGGUAUUAGAUAAUCUGACGUUGAAAAAGAACCCAAAUAUUGAUGAUGAUCUUUUGAAAAGGGAUUCCAGGGAGGAGGAGAUUGAUGCUAAUGAUGAUUUGAGGAAGAAUUAUGAAAACGGUUUUAACGAUGAUAAUUAUUUGAAAAACGUCUUCAAUGAUAAUGAUUUUAAACGCAGUAAUUUCGGCGUUCAAGAUUUAGAAAAUGCUGAUAAUUCAAAUUGGAAAAGAAACUGUUUGAGAAAGAAGGAAGAGACAAAAAGAUCACGAACAGAGAGUUGAAAAAACUGAAGAAACAUAUUCUGAAAACCACCAGGCAAAAUGUCGAGAAACUCUUCGACAGUUUUGCGAGUUCUUUGAUGCAGGACUCUGAAAAUGGAAAGCCACGCAAUUCCACCAGAAUCAGUUCAGAUGUUAUGAGUGAUUGGUUUUUGUUGAUGGGUGAGAAACGAUCGGAAAUCAGGAGAAUCAACUCGCGAUCUGAUUGGCUGUUCGAUCGCGCCAAUGGCCGAAGAAAGUGGCACGAAAAAAAUGGAGAAGGAAGAAAAGGGGAUGGAACCGAAUGGUUGUUUAGAAGAGCCCUUCUAAGACAAAGAUGUCGUCAACAUCCGAAUUCUAUUGAAUGUAAACGUUUUUCCAUGAAAAACCUCAAUCGGAAAUCUUCUUCCUUUGCAGACAAGAUUGUAUCACCCAAUUGGUAUUAAUGCUAUCUGAAUUCGGCUGAUGGAUCCUCUCUCUGAUUGAAUUAUGGAUUUGAAAUUUGACAGAAAAUCUAUUGAAUAUAGAUGUUUUUCUUUGAAAAAAAUUAAAUGUUAACUCUAGUGAGUGUGUUGUCUAUUAAUAACUCACAGAACAUGUUUUUAAUAAUGUUGCAGCUUUUCUAGUUUUGUGUAAAGCUUGCCAAUUUGUUGUCUCCAUUUUAUAAUUGCGUCUAUAUAGUUUUAGGGAGUCAAUAUAUUCCACGUUUGAUAUUAUUACUAAUAAAUCAAUGUGGAGUAAAUCCAAGGAAAAUGUUUUGUUCCUUUUAGUUGAAAUUAAGGAUUGUUGUAGCUAUUGAUAAUAUUAGUUGUUGAUAAAUUGUUAAUUGAUUUUUUGUGAUUAGUUCGUAGUUGAUAGAGUUUGUUCCUGGUUUCAAUAAUAAUUCUUGUCAAAAGUGUCUCAAAUUCAGCUAUAUGAUUACAGAAAUUCUCGAGAUAAUGUGACAAUGAAACGUUACUUAUUUAUUUAUUAUAAUGCAGGCUUGUAUGGAAAUUUCAGUAGAAUGUCAAAAACCUGUAUUAUUGUUAUAAAAUUCACUGGAAAUAUUCAAUUCUGCACUUAUUUGUGAAGUUUUGCAUACAGUAAUGAACAAGUAUCAAAAAUCGCUUGGAAAGUUUAAAUAUUGAUAUUUAACAAACAACUCUGUUGAAAAUAUUGAUUAUGUGAUUCAAGUAAUAAAUAAUAACUUUGUGUUUUAUCUAACUCUGAUUUAUAAUAAACAUCCAAUUCAGAUACUAUUUUCAUUUUUGUAUGAAAAUUAUAUAGUUACUGUGCUCAAAUAUAAUAAUGAACUUAUUAAAAAUAUGCACUUUAAUGAUCAUUAACUUUCAUAAUUUAUUGUGGUUAAUGAGCGUCCUAGAAACAGGGUAAAAGUCAUUCAGAAGAAGAAUUAUUAAUUUUUGAUACAGCUAUGAAAAUAAAUUGAAGACUGUCUUUUCACUUAGAUUGUUGGAUACAAAACUCAGUAGAGGUUGACUUGAAACUGAGUUUCAAACCUCCAUAGUUUUCACUCAACGUUUCAACCUUCAACGACGAUUUAAUAUACAGUUCAUAUUGAAACUUGAGCUUCAUGUGAAUAAAACUUCAGGUAUCAAUAAAACACAAAGUUUUGCGUUCACAUUUCAUUAUGGAAAGUCUCUAAAACUUUCCUGGUAACAUUCACGUUUGAAGAAAUCUGAUUCUUUGCAGCUUCAGUUACAACCUUCAAAGUUAUCUCCUGAUGAUAAUAAAUUAAUUUAUUCUUAUAAGUAAAAUGUAGUUAUGACUGAUCUAUCUAUAAUUAUGUUGUGUGAUAAAAAUGAAUUGUUGUCUUUCAAUUAGAGUAUUAUGAGUAUCCAUUAUAAAAUAUAAUUUACUUUUAAAAAUGUAGUAAUUUAUUAUUGUGUGUUGAAGUUGAUAUUAAAUGUUUAAAACUGUGGA